AUGCCGCCAAUAGAAAUAUUUCAAUUGAUGAUUGGUCCUAUAUUUCAAACUAUUGUCCAACAAACAAAUUUAUAUGCUCAGCAAAAAAAUGUUAAUAUCAACACAAGCAUUGAAGAAAUAAAAGCAUUUAUUAGAAUUUUAAUUUUUAUGGGUUACCAUAGCUUACCUAGCAUCAGGUUAUAUUGGUCAAAUGAUCCUAAUUUUUUUUGUGAACGUGUGGCCAAAAUCAUGCCUGUAAAAAGGUUUUUGAAAAUUCUAAGGUUAAUUCAUCUUAAUGAUAAUUCCCAAAUGCCAUCAAGAAAUUCUUUGGAUUUUGAUAAAUUAUAUAAAAUUCGUCCUAUGAUAACGCAUUUGAAAGAUAUUUAUCAAUCUGUAUAUCGCCCAUCAAGAUACUUGGCAGUCGAUGAAAGCAUGGUAGCAUAUAAGGGACGUUCCACUAUGAAACAAUAUAUGCCCAUGAAACCUAUUAAAAGGGGUUUCAAAAUAUGGGCAUUGGCUGAUUCUUAUAGUGGUUUUUUACUGAAUCUUGAUAUAUACACUGGAAAAAAAUCAAAUGGAAUACCUGAGUAUGGACUAGGAGAAAACGUUGUGUUAUACUUGACCAAAAAAUCUAAAAACUUAUUUUACUGUGUUUUUUUUGAUAAUUUUUUUACCAGUAUACCUCUAAUUUUUAAACUUUUGUGUGAUGGUAUAUUUGCAUGUGGAACAUUUAGAGUAAACAAAAAGUAUUAUCCUAAACACCUUAUGAAAAAUGAUGGUAAAUAUACUUCUGGUGACAUUGAAUAUGCCCAAAGUGAAGAUAUUGGUAUUAUGCGAUGGAAGGAUAGAGGAAGUAAACCAGUGACACUUGUUAGCAACAUGCAUAACUCUUCAGAUACAUCUACAGUACUGAGAAAAAAUGGUAAAGGGGAAAGGAUUCAAGUAAAGUGCCCUACUGGAAUAUCAGAAUAUAAUAAAUACAUGGGAGGCGUUGACAAAUUUGAUCAAUAUAUGUCUCCAUACUCAAUUUCUCAAAAGUCGAGGAAGUGGUGGAUUACACUUUUUUAUUAUAUGGUUGAUAAUGCUAUUGUUAAUUCUUAUAUUUUAUAUAAAGAAAGUUGCAACAAGAAUAAAAAAAAGUACAUUACACAUUUAGAGUUUCGAUCGAGAUUAACGGAUGAGCUUAUUGGGAAUUUCUCAUGCCGGAAAAAGAAUACAUCUUCCCCCCACGAACAAAGAUAUAAAAAAAAACAAAAACUUUCCAUCGCUCAUGAUUUUACAGGUGUUGAUCAUAUGCCAAAAUUCAUAGAUAAAUAUAGAAGAUGCAAAAUGUGUAGCACUAAAGCAAAAGAAAAAAGAUCCAAUAUGAUUUGUUCUACAUGCGACAUAACACUAUGCAAACAAUGUUUUGUACCAUAUAACAAACCUACCUAA